GUCAUUAUCAUGUAACUAUUCUUUAUGGUCAUCUUCUUAACCCAGAAAGCAAAAGAAGUGUCCGCGAAAAUCAAGCACUUCUUGCAUUGGACAGUGAAAAACAUGUCAAAGACUUGAAAGACUCAAGUGAGUUCUUGAAAAUAUUAGAGAAAAUUUCAGCCAAAAGGGGUUUGAUCCAUUUGCAAAACUCUCGAUUUUUCUAAUUUGUGUCUUUUAAUAAUACAUACUGUGCACAAUAUAUCUCAGGUUUUGUCAAACUAUUUAUCCUUUCAUGUAACUAUUAUUUAUGGUCGUCUUCUUAACCCAAAAAGAAGAAGUGUCAACGGAAAUCAAGCACUUUGUGCAUUAGAUAGUGAAAAACAUGCCAAAGACUUGAUAGACUCGAGUGAGGUCUUGAAAACAUUAGAGAAAAUUUCAGCCAAAAGGGUUUGAUCCAUUUGCAAAACACUCGAUUGUUCUAAUUUUGUGUCUUUUAAUACUACAUACUGUGCACAAAAUAUCUUAGGUUUUGUCAAACUAUUUAUCCUUUCAUUUCAUUAUCAUGUAACUAUUAUUUAUGGUUAUCUUCUUAACCCAGAAAGCAGAAGAAGUGUCAACAGAAAUCGAGCACUUCAUGCAUUAGACAGUGAAAAACAUGUCAAAGACUUGAACGACUCGAGUGAGUUCUUGAAAACAUUAGAGAAAAUUUCAGCCAAAAGGGUUUGAUCCAUUUGCAAAACUCUCGAUUGUUCUAAUUUUGUGUCUUUUAAUAAUGUAUACAAUGCACAAUAUAUCUCAGGUUUUGUCAGACUAUUUAUCCUUUCAUGUCAUUAUAAUGUAACUAUUUUUUAUGGUCGUCUUCUUAACCUAGAAAGAAGAAGAAGUGUCAGCAAAAAUCGAGCACUUCAUGCAUUAGACAGUGAAAAACAUGCCAAAGACUUGAUCGACUCGAGUGAGUUCUUGAAAACAUUAGAGAAAAUUUUAGCCAAAAGGGUUUGAUCCAUUUGCAAAACUCUCGAUUGUUCUAAUUUUGUGUCUUUUAAUAAUGCAUACUGUGCACAAUAUAUCACAGGUUCUGUCAAACUAUUUAUCCUUUUAAUAAUGCAUACUAUGCACAAUAUAACUACUAUGUAUGGUUGUCUUGUGAACUUAGAAAAUAGAAGAAGUCACAGAGGAAAUCAAGCUCUUCGUGCAUUAGACUGGAAAAAACUUGGCAAAGCAAUUAAUAGUUUUUUUUAUUCAAACAAAAAGAAAAGAUUAUGUCAAAGACUUGAUAGACUCGGGUGAGUUCAGAGAAGAAUAUGAGAAAGGCAUAGUUGUGCCAUAUUUUGGCAUUUUAGCAGCUACAAAUAGCUUUUCCAAUUCAUGCAAGCUUGGAGCAAGGGGCUUUGGGUCUGUUUACGAGGGCACAUUUUUGGAAGGCCAAAAAAUUGCGGUGAAACGGCUUUCAAAAACCUCACUACAAGGUGUAGAAGAAUUUGAAAAUGAGGUGAUGGUGAUUUCAAAACUUCAACACAAGAAUAUUGUUAAGCUUCGUGGAUAUUGCAUAAAAGGAGAAGAAAGGAUUAUACUCUAUGAGUACAUGCAGUGCAAAGGCUUAGACUCAUUUAUAUUUGAUAAAAAGCAAAGCAUGUGCUUGGAUUGGGAAAUGCGCGUCAACAUCAUUUUGGGAAUAGCUCGUGGGCUUCUUUAUCUUCACCGUGACUCCAAUUGGAGGAUCAUUCACAGAGAUCUGAAACCCAGCAACAUUCUUUUAGACGAGGAGAUGAACCCCAAAAUAUCUGACUUUGGCUUGGCAAGGAUUGUUGGAGGCAAAGAAACCCGAACAAACACAAUUUACACAACUAAAGUUGUUAGAACUUUUAACUAUAUGUCUUCGGAUAUCGUGGAAACCACAAUCGUUGGAACUCGUGGCUAUCGACCUCCAGAGUCUUUCUCAGAUGGACUUUUUACAGUAAAAUUCGAUGUUUUUAGCUUUGGUAUACUUUUACUUGAGAUUAUAAGCGGAAAAAGGAAUGUAGACUUUUAUAAGUCAAGACUAGCCAUAGCCUUAUAGAAUAUGUAAAUGUGUUUAAUUUUCCUUAAUCACUACAUUGUUUUGGUCAUUUUAUGCUUCAUUCAAAUUCUGAGUUUAAAAUUGUCUUAGGCGUGGAGAUUGUGGGAAGAAAACAAAGUAUUGGAUUUUAUGGACCUGGGUCUACAUGGAGUUUGCAAUGCCGAUCAGUUUGUGAACUGUGUAAAUAUUGGACUCUUGUUCUUACAAAAAGAUCCAAAUGACUGCCCCACCAUGUCAAAUGUUAUUGCCAUGCUUGAUAGUGAAGCUCAAAAAGUUCCAACUUUAAAAAAGCCUGCAUUUGUUACAUGAAAGCAGGAUAUAACAUGUACGGAAUGAACUAAUAGUAAUUUUUAACAAACAUGAUAAUGCUUGAUACCAAUGCAAAGAUUCGAGUGGACCAAACAUUUGAUAUCAUUUCUGGUAGAGUAGCCAAGCUACUCGUAGAUAUG